GCAGACUCAAGUAAGAGCAUAAGCCUCCUCUUCGGGCAAUCUCAAAUCCAGACACUAACCUGGUCAGUCUCAAUGACCAAAUUACCCUCGUUUCCAGCUCCAUUUUAACGUCAAAAUCCCCCGCACCGUGUCCUUUCUCGUCCAUUUUGCAGCGAAGGAAUAACCAUGGACGGUGGCGGCGGAAACAGAGCCGAAGCGGAGCGGUGGCUCUACACGGCCAACAAACUACUAAGCGCGCGCGACCUGCACGGGGCUCGCUCCUUUGCGAUCCGCGCCCGCGAGUCCGACCCGACUUUUGAAGCGUCGGAACUCCUCCUGACGGUGAUCGACACACUCCUCGCCGGCGAGUCGCGGAUCAACGACCACCACCGCGACUGGUACGGGAUCCUCCAAAUUCUCCGCUACACGACCAACAUCGACCACAUCGCCGCCCAGUACCGCCGCCUCGCCCUUCUCCUUGAACCUCACCGGAACCCCUUCGCUUUCGCCAGUCACGCUUUCUCCCUAGUUCACGACGCUUGGUCCAUCCUCUCUAACCCUGCCAAAAAGGCCUUGUACGACAGCGACCUCCGAUUGCUCACUACGCCGACCCCGGCGCCCCAGCCUCCUCCGCAGCCACAGCAGCAUCCUCAUCCGCAGUCCCAGUCCACGCCGAGGAGAAACCCUAGAUCGCGGGACGGCGCGGCUGAGGACCGGUCUGCUCCCGAGUCCACCGAGUCAACUCGGCAAACUCGAACGGCGAGUGUGGAAACGGAGGGCGACACGAGCUUCUGGACCUCUUGCCCUUACUGUUACGUUCUCUACGAGUAUCCGAAGGGGUACGAAGAGUGUACCCUGCGAUGCCAGAGCUGCCGUAGGGGUUUCCAUGCGGUGGUGAUACGGUCGCCACCAGCGUUGACCGGUAAAGAUGGAUCCUAUUGCAGUUGGGGCUUUGUCCCCUUAGGGUUUUCUGAAAAUUCAAAAGAUGUGAAUGGGUUUUCCACCAAUUGGAACCCAUUUUCACCUUUGUUUCCUUGCCCCUUGAAAGGAUCGUCUGAUAGGAAACCUCAGAGGAAUUGGGAUUACUACGAUGACGAGGCUGCGGCAGCAUUUAUUCAGCUUUCUGACCCUAGUGAUGAUGAUUCUGGUGAUGGGGAUUGGAGGAGUGGUAGUGGGAGGGGGAGGGGGAGGAAGAGGACUAGGACGUAUAGGAAGAAAAUUUCUGGUGAUGUUAGAAGGGAACCUGUGGAGAGACCUAGCAGGGGUGCUCGUGCCGGGCACGAGAAUGGAGGUCCUAGUGAGGCUGUUGAUGCUGCUGCAAAUACUGGCUCUGCUGUUCCAUCUGUUCCAAGGGCAGAGUCUAGUAAGAAAGCUGCAUUGGGUAGUUCUAGGAGAAGGGGUGCUGGAAACUUGGGGAAGUUGGAUUUGAAUGUGGAGUUUAGUAAUGAGGUGGAAGAGCCUUCUCGCAUAGCGCGUGAUCGUGAAGGGAAUGCCACUGGAAAUGCUGAGGAUAAUAUUGAAGGGAUUGGGUUUUUUGAGGGUCUUGAUGAGUUUCUUAGUAGCUUACCCAUUCUCAAUGUUGUGGGAGACGAUAAGGUUAAGGGUCAUUAGUCUUGUAAAUGCCUUUUUUACUGGUUGCUGUAGAAUUUAGAUGCGGUUACUUGUAUGCUUGACUGCUUGUACUUGUCGCACAAAAAGGACGGUGAGCUAUUGUGAAUUCUUGUCAUUGUUAAAUUAUAAUAAUAAUUUGCGGCAAUAUACUGUAAUUUUGGACUAUAUGAGGAA